GUUGCCUGCAUUAUCAAAAAUAACAAUAACAACAACAAGUAUUGCGUUUUCCGUGCGAUUUGUCAAAUUGUUAUUACUCGCCGUUCAGCUUAAAUCCAGACAAAUGCUUGUUUGCCAGCGAAAACAUCAUCAGCGAUGUUAGCCAAUAACUCAGCAACUAAGCCAACAACUACAACAGCAAUGUGCGUACGUGUUAUUAUAGUGAGCAAUAACAACAACAACAACAACAACACCAGCAGCAGCAGCAGCAACAUGAACAGGCAGCGAGGUAAAUGCAGUCAAGGCGCGCUUAAUUAACAUGCAACUGGCAACGGCAACAGCAACAAAUGCAACAAUAACAGCAACAAACACACAUCAAAGGUGCAAUCACAGAUAUCAAAGAGUCGCUGCCUGGACUGCAGUUUGCAUGUCCCAUAGUCCCAAUAACAACUAACAACAACAACAACAACAACAGCAACAACAUAAGCAGUCGACGACGAGCAGUCUAACGUAGUUUUCCAAUCAGUCGGCGGGGCGCAGCAACUGCUGCUAAUGAUGACGACAUGGAGGCUUUGCCCUGCAGCUGCUAAUUAAAGUGCAGCACCACACAAAUUGGCAAAAGGCAAGAAGAGCAGAAGAAUAGCAGCAGCAGCAACAACAACAACCAAACUAGCAGCAACAUUCUACAGACCCGGGAACAAGCACAACAUAUCAGUAAAAUGUCUCUUGUUUUGCGCAGCCAACGUGCCUUCGUUGAGGAAAAUGGCCGCCAAAUGCCAACUAACAAUGGCAGCGCCAACAACAACAACAACAACAACAGCCAUAACAAUCCACUGACCACGUCGUCGGCGGCGGUGCGCAGCUGCAACUGUUGUCCCUAUGGCUAUCACAUUGAUCUGGACUUUGUGCGCUACUGCGAGGCCCUGGCGAAUGCCAAGCCCUCGGAGGAGGAGUUGCGACGACGCGAUCGCCGCCGUUCCCGCAAGUCCAUGGAGUUCAUGUUGGGAUUUGAGAGUCUCUUUGGCAGCGAUUGGCAGGCGGAGUCACGUGUGCAGGCCAAAUUGCCAGAGGCUGCACAUGAAAGCGAACCGGAUUCGCCACGCCCCGUCACCACAUCUCAGGCGUAUACAGCCUGCUAUCGACCGCGCUCCUCAUCCGUGCCACGAUUCACUUACGGCAAUGGGAAUGCCUACGGUUCGGCUACCCGUGCCGAGUCGCCCUUCGGCACCGCCUCCUCCACAUGCUCAUCACUGCGCGGUGGCGUCGAGAGUGACGCGGGUGUCUAUCAUAGUUUCGGUCCUGGGCGACCCGCCAACAGUCCUCCGGAGACGCGGGCCUUUCUGCAUGAGGCACUGGACGAGGUCUGCAGCGACUUCGAGCGCACACUGGAGCGUGCCUCGGUGCGAAGGCGAAAGGCGGGAGGUGGCAGUGGCAGUGGCGCUGGCUAUAGUUCUUAUGGCUCCAUGGAUCGCAACAACAACAGUUUGAGCAAUGGCUUUGGAACGCCGAGGGGGGAGAAGGAACAGCGGCGGCUCGGAAAUAGCGCCUGGGAUCGUUACUUUGAUGUGGCAGAUUCCUGUAUAGCGGGAAAUCGAUCUCCACGUACCAGCACCACUCGUCUCUUCUUACGCUCCAAUACGCUGCCUCUGCAGCAGCGACCGAGUCCAGCUGAGGUGCAGUAUGAGAGCUAUGUGCAGGCCACAGUGGCGGCCAAUGCCAAGUCGCCGGUGGAACAACUCGAACCGGGUAUGGCCCCGCCUCCGCCACCGCGUCGCCAUCAUCACCACCAACCUCAACUGCUGACAUCUAGGACGAAAGAGGAGCCGGAGACAGUGCCGAGCAGUACCCCGCACUCACCGGUGGUCUCGGAGACAGGUGCUGCCGAUGCGCAAGCCUUAUGCCAGAUUCGCGAACAGAUGGCACUGAGUCUGAAGCGAUUGAAGGACUUGGAGGAGCAGGUCAAGACCAUACCCGACAUGGAGCAAGAGCUGAAUAGCUUGCGGCAGGAGAAGCAGCGUCUGCUGCGCAGGAACGAGGAGCUACUGCGAACUGCUCGACAGACGCCUUCGCCACCUAGUCCCAGUGCGUCGAAGAACGCCUCACCCGUACAAUUUACGCCGCAACGCAUUAGUCCCGUUUCUUUGGAGAGUUUAGGUGCGCGUAUUCGCAACAACUCCACAUCAUCCACAACAGCACCGGCCGCAGUCAUACGUCGUGAUGUCUCGACCAUGUGCAAGGCGACCAGUACUCGAGAUGUGGCCGUGGGCAGUCCGAAGCUAUCCACACGCCAUGUGGGCACGCAGGACAAUCAAACCGUGUACACGCCACAGGAGCUGGAGGAGCGCAUAGAGGUGGCCUUGACGGACCAGCGGAAGCAGCAGCGUCAGCAGCAACUGCAGAAGCUCAUCUCUGUGGGCACGCAAAUGUAUGUGCCCAAGCGGCAGCUGCGGGACAUGGGAACCGCUACCGAUCGUCCACCACUCACUUACAAUGUGGGCGUUAGUGCGAAGCCAAGUACCCGGGAGAAUUAUGUUCAUUGCAAGCCAGAUGUGCGCAGUGUGGGCAGCUCUGAGCAUCGUAUCACGGAUAUGCUGUGCGAGAAGUGCUCCGUUAGCACGCGUAGCGUAAGCUGUGGCACGGAGUUGGAGCAGCCGCCUAAGCCGGUAGUGUCUGUCAAGUCCUCUCCCCUGGCCAUGGCACGCAGCAAUACUUUCAGUCUGGGCGAGCACGAGCCUCUGAACAUGCGGGCGCGCAAGGCGGUGGGUUGUCAAACGCUUGCCACGCCCCUACACUCAACGGGCAGCCAAACUGUGAGCCUGCCCCAGAAGUCGAUGGCUGUGCAGGUGACACCAGCUCAACAAACUGCCAGCACCCAAAGCACUGUGGAGCUUAGCACUCGGCAAACGGAUACGACUGGCUUGCAGCGCCUGUCGCGCAGCGCCACCAAGGUGGAGCAAGUGGCCGAGUCUGUGCCAAUGCCCGCCACAAGGCACAUGGCAAGCAAUACCGAUGCGGAGCCCGCCAAGGCAGCCACCAGCAACAUGGGCUGUAACACCGAUGCAGCUCCCUUGAUGCCACCAGCACCCUCGCCGAGUCGUGUUCACUCGUCCUGCAACACGGAGCAGUUGCACACGAGGGAUGUGGCCUGCGGGGACAUUGUGAAGCCGCACAUAUCCAUUGCCUGUGCGGACAACUAUUGUGAUUCCUGCAAGGAUGCCAUCCAGCAUUUGGCCAAGGACUUCAGCAAGACGAGCACGUCGACAUCAUCAACAACAACAACAACAACAACAAAACUAACGCGCUCCAGUUCUUCGGAUUCCCGCAUACCGCGUCCCAAGCAUCUAACUAGUCCCAGUCCGGUGCGCAGGCAGAUUCAACGACAAAAUACAUAUACGCUGGCCACCCCAUCGCCGACGUCCAGUCCCAGUGCCCAACAGGAGUGCAAAACUGUGCUGAGCUCGUUGCAGGAGAAGCCGCCCAGCUUGUCCAGCUUUCAGGCUCCGGAGGCCGCCAGUGAGACUCAAAGUUUCCUCCAACAGCCGGCUGGCAAGCCAGCUGGUCCCUUGGAUCUUUCACAGUUGGGUGAGCACGAGUUGGUGGUGCGCGAGGAAAAGCGUGUCAGCAUUAGUUGGUCGCGCGAUGCAUCGCCAGCCCCCUUGAUGAGAACGUCGGGCACCACAAGCAGUGCCAGCAACAAGAAAUCCGCUUCCCCAGAGUCCAAGUUGACUUCGUCCAGUGAUUCGAGUGCCAGUGUGGCAUUGGAGAUAUCACAAGGUGCGCGCAAGAAAUCAAGCACACCUCUCAAAUCUAGUCAGAGCGAUGGGUCACAGGUGACCGUCAUUGAGCGGGAGACGGCACCCACAAAGGCCCAAUUGCACAAGUUGGCCAUGAGCGAGUCGGAGCCGAGACAGAAAACUGAAAUACCCAAAGAGCUGCAAGAUGCUGUAAAGAUCAUCAACAAUUCGCUGCUCAAGAAGCUCGGCUCCAAGCCCAUAUCUUCGGUCAGCCUCAAAACGGCCAAGACCACCAUUCAGGACCAUUGGUUUCGCAACUCUAGCACCGGCACCUCGAAUGCGCAUGAGGUAGAGGACUACUUGGAUUACUUCGAAUCGCUUUCGGUGCCAUUGCUAGAGUAUUGCGUGAAUCUAGUGGACAAGAAUGGCAAUACAGCUAUGCAUUACGCGGUCUCGCAUGGCAACUUCGAUGUCGUAUCCAUCUUGCUGGAUUCCAAGGUUUGCAAUGUAAACCAAAUGAAUAACGCUGGAUACACGUGCGUGAUGCUCGUCUCAUUGGCAAAGCUGAAGCAACCGGCGCAUCGGACAGUCGUGGAGCGAUUGUUCCAGAUGGCCGAUGUCAAUAUACGAGCGAAGAAGCACUGCCAAACCGCCUUGAUGCUCGCUGUGUCGCAUGGUAAUAGCGAUAUGGUCGCCAUGCUGCUCGCCGCCGGCGCUGAUAUCAAUAUACAGGACGAGGAUGGAAGCACGGCACUCAUGUGUGCUGCCGAGCACGGACGAGUCGAUAUUGUUAAGCAUUUGUUGUCGCAUCCGGAUUGCGAUUCAUUAGUACAGGAUGUGGAUGGCAGCACUGCCUUUAAGAUUGCCUGGCAGGCUGGACAUCGAGAUGUGGGUCUUCUCCUCUACGUCCAUGAACAAAUGCUGCGCAGCAAGCUGCCAAAUCGAGGAGACUCGGCGCGCAGUUCGUUGCGCCAAAAUCGACAGCCAUCCCAUUGAGCAGUGAAUGCUUCCGGUUGCCAAUUUGUCGAACAAACCUUAGAGUUGUAGCUUCUUUAGAAUUUUGUAGUGUUUUUAGCGAGUAUAGCGUGUAGGCGACAGCAAAAACAACAUUCCAUAUCAGCCGCUCAAUUAAGUAGCAGCAAACAAAAAACUGUUCACAAUUUGUUUUUUGGACUAAACUAAGUUAACGGCCCCACUGUGCGCAUUAAUUGUAAUUAAAACAAUACUUUUUUAUUUAUUAUUUAUGAUUUUGACACUAAAACUCACUGCAGCUUAUUUAAUUAGCCUCUAACAAGCACUUUUUAAUUAAUUUUUUAAUUAUUUUAUUAUCAAGGCCACAUGAAAAAUCAAAAAUGCGAAGACAACAAUUAUGGCAAUACAAGCAGAUAGUAAAGUUUUGUUUUUAAAUUGCUAACAAUACCUUAAUAGUUAUUAGUAAAAUACUAAAUGAAAUAACAUGAAAAAGAUACAUAUAGUGCGGGAAUCCCCGUUACUUAAGUGGCAGCCAUACUUAAACCAUAUCAGCAAACGACAAUGAUAAUACGAUUUAAUUACUAUAAACUAACUUACGAUUUUUAAUAACGAAAUGUGUGUAACUUUUAAAUAAACAAACGCAAGUGACAAGUAUUUUACAUAGAUAAAUAUAUUUUUCAAUCACAAACACGAAUAUUUUUGCAACAAUAAGAACGAAACAUACAAGUAUAUUUCUAGGUUUUCAAUCUCGUUGCUUUAAUGUUCAGCAGAAACGGGUUAACUUUAUUAAAAAUAGUGAAAUAUUAUGUAUUAAAUAUCGAUAUGCAACUAUUUUAAACAUUUUAAACAAACAAUAUUUAUGGUAGAAUUUUUUAAAGCGAACCUUAUUGCUAAAUAAAUGUAAAAAUACAAAUAAAUGUAAAACAUA